UUUGCGAUUCUCAGUCUUCAUUCCAUUCUCGAAUCCCCCGGACGUCGACCUCCGAUCUCCGCUCCGCACCGAUCUUCAACUUGCUGGAAUCUUACUGAACAAUCCAAAACACUCAUCACGAUGGCUAAUCCACUGUGGUUCAUCUUUUGGCUGCUGGUCUUCUGGUUCGUCUCUUUCUUCGUGGCAUUCUUCAGCGCGUUUUUCUACAUUUGGGUCUACGCCUUUGCCUCCUGCAUUCCCGCCCUUACGGGCAUAUCGGACAUUCUGCUCCAGGGAGUGCAGUUUCCCUUCUACUGCGGAAAAGCCAUGCUGGAGGGCAAGGCGGCCUUCUAGUAGGGUUGUUUCCCUCUAAUUAAGAAACUAAGUGCCUUAUUGAUAACUCUUGUUUUCGAUCAUUUUUACAUUUUUACAAAUAAAGAUUUAUUGAAUAAUAUUUAUAAAACCUUA